CCUUCAGAAACUUGAAGAGAGUCUGAAAUUAGAUUUUCUCCUUUGAAGCUAGAAGCUAGAAAACCAGGAUCUUUCUUCUCUCCUGUUCUCACCAACUCCACCCCUUAUGCAGGAUCCCUGUCAAUACAGAUCGAAUGGGUCCAGCUGGGGGCCGGAGCCUGGAAGCUGGGGAGGGUCCUGAGAUUUUGGAGGGCCAUGGAGCACCUUUGAGGAGUUCACUCACAUUCUUGGAUGGGGCCCUGGGCCUUGGUAUACUCGGACUCGGUGCUCGCCUGGUCCUGGCCCUGGCUGGUCCAGCCAUGAUGCUCUUGCUACUGUUUCUGAUGUUGAGUUUCCUGACUUUUGAUCUUUUGCAUGGGCCCCAGGACUUGCCUCUGCCUCAAAGACCAACUUUUAGACCCCUUGGUCCAGGAGGGAGUGGUGAAGGCCCCCGCUUGCAAGAACCGCUGCUCCCUCCUGUCCUGAGCCAAAUCUUGGAUGGAUUCCUACUCUUCACAGGCCUAGGCCUCAUCUUUGGGGCUCUGAUGCCCUUCAGUAUCUUUAGCCUUAUAGUCAGCCUACAGGCGCUGGCCUGAAACAAAGCCCUCUGUUCUCUGGAAACCAGAAGGCUUUAAGAGCCUCCUCACCGAAAUACACGAGGAUUGCCCAAA